UUCUGUUCAGGCGCGCUGUAGUGAGUCCUCACAGACCCGGAAGUGACGUGUCGUGUAACGUCAGUAGGACCAGGAACAACAGCAGUCGAAAUGAAGCUGGACUCAAACGAUGAUGAAGAUGUGGCUUUAUUUGAUGCUGAGGAAGAUUCAGCCGCGAGAAAGAACAAGAUCAAGCAUCCGGUGGCAUCAUUCUUCCACCUGUUCUUCCGGGUCACUGCUAUCCUGGUUUACCUGCUGUGUGGUUCAGUCGGUGGAUCCUUCAUCGCCUGCAUGGUCACCAUCAUCCUCCUCCUGUCAUGUGACUUCUGGACGGUGAAGAAUAUAACAGGCCGACUGAUGGUGGGUUUGCGCUGGUGGAAUCAAGUGGAUGAUGAUGGAAAAAACCAUUGGGUGUUUGAAUCCAGAAAGGCCGGAGGGAAUCAGUCUUCAGCGUCGCGUUCCUCAAACGCAGAGUCUCGUAUCUUCUGGCUGGGUCUGAUCAUCUGUCCCGUCGUCUGGGUCAUCUUUGCUUUCUUUACGCUCGUCUCCUUUAAGAUCAAAUGGCUGGCCGUGGUGAUUUUGGGAGUGGUGUUACAAGGAGCCAAUCUCUACGGAUAUGUGCGCUGUAAAGUAGGAGCCAGAACAAACCUGAAGAACAUGGCCACAAAUUAUUUCGGACGGCAGUUUCUCAAACAGGCUUUCACGAAACAAGAGGAGUCUUAGGAAGGAGCGUCUGCAUCUGUUUUCAUUGAUGAACUUUUAAUGUUAUGCUUUUUUAAAGAUGAAAAUGAAGCAAAGGUUGCUUAAGAAGUUGUUACUAAUUUGUUUUUGCUUUGUCAACCACGAGCUGUUUAAUAAUGUGCUUGACAUUUAAAAUACCUUUAACUUCUUUAUAGUUUUUGUUUAAUAUCUAAGUAUUCAGGGUAUGUUUUAUUAUAAUAUUGCAUGACAUCAUGCAUUAUGCUUCUGUUUUGCAGACAGUGAAAAAAAAAGAUGUAUAUAUUUAUAUUCUGCUGUAAAUUGCUGUAUACUCUCUGUAGUGAAUUGAAUGAAAGUUUGAUUGAUUGGAUCUCAUGUUCAGUGAAUUUAGGAAAUAAAUGGAGUUUUGCCCAGUGAAGUCAGCCACCAACACCACAUAAUUAAAACUUGUCAAAAUCAAAGUGGCUUCUAAUACCAUUAAAAAUUCCUUUUAACUUUAAAUUUUAAAUCCGUUUCUUUCUUUUU